CAGGCGCAGAAGAGGAAAGAAAGGGAAAAAAGGGGGUUUAAUCGCUUCGGUCGCUCCCAGGUUUUCUUCGCCGGGGCCGGCAUGUCCGCUCUGUGCGAUCCAGCGGGGGUGGUCGGGCCUCCAGGGUCCACCCCGAGCCCCAAACCGGCCGCCGCGCCUCCGUCUCUGAGUUCUCAAGAGUUGGCCCAGGAGAUCAAGGCCUUCCUCAGCGGUGUCGACCCCGUUCAUGGGAACAAGCUCACCAUCAAGGAACAUGCUCGGUGUGCCAUUUUGCUGCUGCGCAACUUACCUCCUGCCCGCAGUGCUGUGUUAGAGCACCUCCGGGGUGUCUUUGAUGAGUACGUGUGCACCUACCUGCUGGAACUGGAGAGUGGCGACGGUGGGAUGGGUGGCCUCCGCUCCCAGGGACCCAACUUGGACGACGUGGUGUCAGAGAUCCAAGCCGUGCUGUCAGAGUUUGUCCGCAUGAACCCCAAGGCUUGGGCUGCCCUCGUUUCCUCCUGGUCUAUCGACCUGAUGGGGCAAUUGAGUAGCAAGUAUGCCGGGCGCCAUGACGUACCCCAUGCUAGCAGUCUCAAUGAAUUGCUGCAGUUAUGGAUGUCCUGCAAAGCCACACGGGUACUGAUGGAGAUUUAUACCCAGUGCCUUUCUUCGAUGAUCAAUACCUGUCCAGAUGCUUGCGUAGAUGCUCUCCUGGACACUUCGGUCCAGCACUCACCUCACUUUGAUUGGGUGGUGGCCCACAUUGGUUCCUCCUUUCCCAACACCAUCAUCAACCGGGUGCUCUCCUGCGGGUUGAAGGACUUUUGCAUGCAUGGGACAGCUUCAGCAGACCUCCUCCUUUUCCCCAGCACCGCAGCUGCCGACAAGCGGGUUCCCAAGAUCGCCUCAGUAGUAGGGAUCCUUGGCCACUUGGCCUCUCGCCACUCGGAAAGCAUCAAGCAGGAGCUGCUGAGGAUGUUCCACAGGAGCCUGGGACCCCCCCGGGACCAGCAGCAGAAGGCCACUGUUCCUUUCUUGCUGCAGCUGGCGGUCAUGUCUCCCACCUUGCUCAGCACCAUCUCGGCAGAACUGGUGGACUCUCUCAAGCCCAGCAUCCUCAACCAGCUGCACCAGCACUUUGCUGCGCUGCCCCGAGAAGAGCUGGAGAACAUGGUCAGCAUUGUGGUGCACCUCAUCUGCCAGACUUCGGGGGGCGCCUAUCGUACGCUGCAGUUCCUGGUCAACACCGCCAUGCCAGCUUCGGUCAUCACAACCCCGGGUCUGGCGGUCCACGACAGCGUGCGGGAGGCUUGCGACCGGGUCAUUCAGCUCCUGCUUCUCAACCUGCAGAAGCUGGUGUACAAUCGGGGGUCGGCCAGCUUGGUGGAGGCCCCUCCCCGCGUGGUGCCUUUCUUGGAUGAUUUGAAGAACCACACGCAAGAGCUUUGCAUGGAGACGCUGAAGCUGGAGCGGAAGCGGUUCCUCUGGCUGCACCAGCUGCUCGUCCUCCUUUCUGUGUACUGCACCCCGAGCUGUGCCAGUGAGGCCCUCUUCUACCUGCUCACGCUGGCAAAGAGCCAGGAGGGACUCAGCCUAGCCACCCAGCUCUACACCGUCCUCAGCUCUUGCAUGACCGAUCUGCUGCCUGCCCUGGUCAAGAAGUGUGUGCGCCAGCUCCACGCAGGGUUUCUCUCGGAGCAGCACACAGCCCAGCUCUUCCAGAACCUGGCCUUGAUCAUGCAGUGGGAGGGCGAAAGUCCUGCCUCCAUGGGCCACCAGCUGGGACAGGCAGUCUCCUCCCACAUCUACGACUUCGGGCAGCUCCUGCUGCACAGCAAUCCGGAGGUUGCCCAAGCGGCGGCUUUGCUCCUGUCCGUCUGCCCCGCGCCCAAGGCCAUCCGACCAGCCCACUUGCUCUUCCUCAUCCGUUCGGCUGUGCACCACUUCUUCUCCGUGUUGCGUGAGAAGUGCCCUGCCGGCAUUAGCUACGGAAGCCGCCUUCUCAGUACUCUGAGCGGGGCAUUGCCCACAGCCAGCAAAGCCAUCCUUCAGUACCUUGUUGAAGGAGCCUUGCACCAGGGCAACGCAGAGCUGUUUGGUGGGACGACAGAGCCCCCCGCCGCCAGGAACGACACCACGCUGGAGGCCACCAAAUUAUCGCUCCUGGACAUCAACCGGCGUUUCAUGGCGGCCGUCAACUUCUCUGGAAGCGUGUGGUCGGUGUUCCACGCGGGGGUCAUUGGGAGAGGCCUGAAACCGCCCCAUGCUUUGCAUCAGCAAGAACCAGAGGAGAUCUCCCAUAAUGUCCAGAUUUUCUUGGGCCUUUUGCUGCGGUGUUGUGGGGCAGGGCGCUCGGGCCCCGAGCUGCCCCAAUGCAGCGCCAUCAGCCCUGAGGCUGCCAAGACAGUGGCUGUGGUGCUGGUGGAGACCGUGUGUCCUGACGUCACCAACAGUGAGCUGGCUUGGCCUCCCGAGGAACACACCCGCAACACUGUGGAGCGGGACAUCCGGAUCGGACGCUCCUUCCGGGACAACCCCCUGCUUUUCCAGCUGUUGAACUUGGUGGCCAUCGGGAGGCCAGCUCUGUGCUAUUGCUCGGUGUUGCUCCGGGGCCUCAUGGCGACUCUCAUGGCCCACUGGGAGGCCUCCCGUGAGAACGACACCACCAGCUCACCCUGGCAUUUACAGGCCUCCUGUGCCCUAGUGGCCUGCAUGGGGGAAGGUCAUCUUCUCCCCCCCGUGUUGAGCAACAUGCACGAGAUCUUCGACCAGCUGGCCCCCUUUGAGGUCCACCUGCUCCUCCUCAGCGUCUGGGACUACAUGCGCGACAACAGCCCCUUGCCCCAGAAAUUCAGCUUCGACGCCAGCACGGGGCUCUUCUUCCGGGACUUUUCCCGAGACAUCGACGCUGGCAAAUACCUCUACGUCUUACACAGCGUCCUGCAUAAGAACAUCGACCGGUUGGGUCUGCUUUCAGGGCGGUUCCACACUUAGAUCCUCAGAUGCGGACCUGUUGUGCCGUGGAUUCGAGAGACCAAGGGCUGGGGAUGGUGGGUCUUUUAGGGACUGGAGUUUGGAUAGGAGCACACGAGAGGCUUCGGCAGCGUUUGCUUCGAUGUGCGGCAGCGGGCAGAGGAACGGCCUUUGGGCAGAGGACAAAGAUUUAUCUCGGGUUCUCUCCCUGUUCUUGCCUUUCAGCUUGUUGGAAAGGGACAUUGGAGGAGGCUUGCAUUUUAGUUUACGGAAGGACUAAGUGAACAUUGGAAAUAUAUUAAUGGAUAAUACGUUAUCAUUUUCUCAUCCUUCCCCUUCCCCCCUCCUCCUCAUCUUUGCCCUGUUCCUCACUUUUUUCUCCUCUUCUUUUUUCCUU